GAGCAAUCUCCUCCGCGCCCGCCAGAAGGCGCCGCGGCGCUCGCCAUCCCCGCGCCGAGCCGGAGCCGGAGCCUCUGCCGCAUCCAUCCCGGGCGCCGCGCUGCGGUUGUGCGAGCCGGGGCGGGGGCCUGCGCCCUCCGCUGCCCGCGAGCGCCACUCGGUGCCAGCGCUGCCCGGCUUUGUUGCUGGGGCUGGGACGCGGCAGAUCUACGAUUCAGUUCUCCCCGGCAGGAAACGUCCAGCACCACCCCCACGCCACGGUCUACAAAGCCCCGGAGUCCGCAGGCGGGAGGAGCCGGAGCCCCCAAGCUGUCAGGCUCCAGCCCAGCUCCCGCAUCAGGCCGUCCCCGGCCUCAUGAGGACCCCCCGGCCGGGGCGGAGAGCCGGGCGCCGCCCGGACCGCGAUCUCGCCGCGCCCUUGGAGCGUUAGACAGGUCAGUGCGCUCGAGCGCCUCGCGGCCAAGGUGUAGGCUGGAGCGGCCCCCCGCGGCGCACCGAGGCCACCCCGAGGGUCACCUCGGCCCGGGGCACCCGCAGGCACGGGCGCGAUGCCGUGCUUUCCCUGACAGACCAGGUGUGCAGCCGCCUCCUCCGCAGCACCCCCGCCCCGGUAAGGGGGGGUGGAGGUGGGGUCCCCAAGGGCCACGCGCCCAAGGUGUGGCGUGUCACCACGCCGGGCCUCGGGUGUGUUGCGGAAGCUCAGAUGUGAGAGAGAGGCGGAAGAAAGGAGGCCCCGGAGACCCCAGCGUAGGGACGGGAUGUGCGCCCUGCGGAUCGGAAAUGGGUGGCCUCGGAAACCUGCGCGACCCUCCGAGGCAGCGGCAUCGAGAGCCCCAGCCCUCACCUUCUUUCGGCCCCUGGUCACCUCUCGUCCUCCCCUGUCUCAGGAUGCGGCUGGGCCGCCGGGCCCUCUAUGCCCUAGUCCUGCUGCUCGCCUGCGCCUCGCUGGGGCUCCUGUACGCCAGCACCCGAGCCGCCCCCAGUCUCCCGAACCCUCUGGCGUUGUGGUCGCCCCCACAAGGUCCCCCGAGGCUCGAUCUGCCAAACCUUGCCCCUGAGCCCCGCUACGCGCACAUCCCGGUCAGGAUCAAGGAGCAAGUGGUGGGGCUGCUGGCUCACCACAACUGCAGUUGUGAAUCUAGGGGAGGGAGCUUUGCCUUCCCAUUCCAGAGACAGGUUCGAGCCGUCGACCUCACGAAAGCCUUUGACACUGAGGAGCUGAGGGCUGUCUCUGACUCCAGGGAGCAGGAAUACCAGGCCUUCCUUGCAAGAAGCCAGUCCCUGGCUGACCAGCUGCUCAUAGCCCCGGCCAACUCACCCUUACAGUAUCCCCUGCAGGGCGUGGAGGUCCAGCCCCUCAGGAGCAUCUUGGUGCCAGGGCUAAGUCUGCAGGAAGCUUCUGCUCAGGAGGUCUAUCAGGUGAACCUGACUGCUUCCCUAGGCACCUGGGACGUGGCAGGGGAAGUGGCAGGGGUGACUCUCACUGGAGAGGGACAGACAGACCUCACCCUUGCCAGUCCAGGUCUGGAUAGACUCAACCGGCAGCUGCAACUGGUCACCUACAGUAGCCGAAGCUAUCAGGUCAACACAGCAGACACAGUCCGGUUCUCCACCAAGGGACAUGAAGCUGUCUUCACCAUCCGCAUAAGACACCCUCCCCACCCCCGGCUGUACCCGCCUUCAUCUCUAUCCCAGGGAGCCCAGUACAACAUCAGUGCUCUGGUUACCAUAGCCACCAAGACCUUUCUUCGUUAUGAUCGGCUCCGGGCGCUCAUUGCCAGCAUCCGACGCUUUUACCCCACGGUCACCAUAGUCAUCGCCGACGACAGCGACAAACCGGAACGCAUUAGCGACCCCCACGUGGAGCACUAUCUCAUGCCCUUCGGCAAGGGUUGGUUCGCAGGUCGGAACCUGGCGGUGUCCCAAGUAACCACCAAAUACGUGCUGUGGGUGGACGACGACUUUGUCUUCACGGCGCGCACGCGGCUGGAGAAGCUUGUGGACGUGCUGGAGAGGACGCCCCUGGACCUGGUUGGGGGCGCCGUGCGGGAGAUCUCGGGCUUCUCUACCACCUACCGGCAGCUGCUGAGUGUGGAGCCGGGCGCCCCAGGCCUUGGGGACUGCCUCCGGCAAAAGCGCGGUUUCCACCACGAGCUCGUGGGCUUCCCAAGCUGCGUGGUCACCGACGGCGUGGUCAACUUCUUCCUGGCGCGCACAGAUAAAGUGCGCGAGGUGGGCUUUGACCCGCGCCUCAGCCGGGUGGCACAUCUGGAAUUCUUCCUGGACGGACUUGGUUCCCUUCGUGUUGGCUCCUGCUCUGAUGUGGUUGUGGACCACGCUUCGAAGGUGAAGCUGCCGUGGAUAUCCAAGGACGCAGGGGCUGAAACGUAUGCCCGCUACCGUUACCCGGGAUCCCUGGACCAAAGCCAGGUGGCCAAACAUCGUCUGCUCUUCUUUAAACACCGGCUUCAGUGCAUGACCGCCGAGUGAUGGCUGACUGGGGCCUUCCCACUGUCAGGCUGGGCCUGCUUCCUUGUCCCUGCCAGGACAUUUCCGGCAACCCCUGACCCCUGACCCUCUCUUUCUACCAACCUGAUCCCUAACAGGGGCUUGUCCUGGUGACAGCCCUUCCUCUCUGUGAGUGACCGGAGGCCCUGAUGGAGCCAUAACCUCCCCCACAGCCAGUGCCAAGUCCCCCCCCCCAACCCCAUUCCUAUGAGGCAGGAAAUAGUGGGGGGGGAUUUACUUUCCAAGUGCCAAAGAGCCCAGAAGGACUCUAAGACCCUCAAGUGGAAACACUCUCACCUCCUGAGGGGGCAGGGAAACUCCCAAUGUGCAACCCCACCCCAGCUCCGGAUCCAGCACCGUGUGGUCCCGCUUCAACACACCCCCACAGAAAGCGCUGUGGCUGGAGUUCUGUGGAGCUGGUGAACACACGGUGAAAGCCAUUUUUUUA